CCGGCCUCGGACCCACCCGGCGCUUCUCCCGCGGGCGCGGCGCUGGCGGCGGGCGCGGGACGCUCUGUCGCGACAGGCGGCGAGGGCAGCCCGGGGGCCUUCGGCAGCGGCGGCGCCGGCGAGAGCAGCGGCGGGAGCGGAGCCGGGACAGCAUGGACACCGACUUGUACGAUGAGUUUGGCAACUACAUCGGGCCCGAGUUGGACUCGGACGAUGACGACGACGAGCUGGGCCGAGAGGCCAAAGACUUGGAUGAGCUGGAGGAUGAUGACGAUGAUGAUGACAUGGGGGAGCACGAUGAGGAGCACCCUGGGAUGGAGGUGGUGCUGCACGAGGACAAGAAGUACUACCCCACAGCAGAGGAGGUCUAUGGGCCUGAGGUGGAGACCAUUGUGCAGGAGGAGGACACACAGCCACUCACUGAGCCCAUUAUCAAACCUGUGAAAACCAAGAAGUUCUCCCUGAUGGAGCAGACACUGCCAGUCACUGUCUACGAGAUGGAUUUCCUGGCAGAUCUGAUGGACAACUCGGAGCUGAUCCGGAAUGUGACUCUGUGUGGGCACCUGCACCACGGCAAGACAUGUUUUGUUGACUGCCUGAUAGAGCAGACGCACCCGGAAAUCCGGAAGCGCGAUGAUCAGGAUCUCUGCUACACUGAUAUAUUGUUCACAGAGCAGGAGAGGGGGGUGGGGAUCAAGAGCACCCCAGUGACGAUUGUUCUGCCAGACACCAAAGGAAAGUCUUUCCUCUUCAACAUCAUUGACACUCCAGGUCAUGUGAACUUCUCUGAUGAGGUGACAGCUGGCCUUCGCAUCUCGGACGGCGUCGUGCUCUUCAUCGACGCAGCCGAGGGGGUGAUGCUGAACACAGAGAGGCUGAUCAAGCACGCGGUGCAGGAGAGGCUGGCAGUGACUGUGUGCAUCAACAAGAUUGACAGACUCAUCCUGGAGCUGAAACUGCCCCCCACAGAUGCUUACUACAAGCUCAGACACAUUGUAGAUGAAGUUAAUGGUCUGAUCAGCAUGUAUUCCACCGAUGAGAACCUUGUGCUGUCUCCCCUUCUGGGGAACGUGUGCUUCUCCAGCUCUCAGUACAGCAUCUGCUUCACACUGGGGUCUUUUGCAAAGAUUUAUGCAGACACAUAUGGAGACAUCAAUUACCAGGAGUUUGCAAAGCGGCUUUGGGGCGACAUCUACUUCAACCCGAAGACCCGCAAGUUCACCAAGAAGGCCCCGACGAGCAGCUCCCAGCGCAGCUUCGUGGAGUUCAUUCUGGAGCCUCUGUACAAGAUCUUGGCUCAGGUGGUGGGGGAUGUGGACACAACCCUGCCCAGGACUCUGGAUGAACUUGGCAUCCACCUGACCAAAGAGGAGUUGAAACUGAACAUCCGGCCCCUCCUGCGGCUCGUCUGCAAGAAGUUCUUUGGGGAGUUCACAGGCUUUGUGGACAUGUGUGUGCAGCACAUUCCCUCCCCAAAAGUGGGGGCCAAGACAAAAAUUGAGCACACCUACACCGGCGGCGUCGACUCCGACCUGGGGGAGGCCAUGAGCGAGUGUGACCCUGAUGGUCCCUUGAUGUGUCACACAACCAAAAUGUACAGCACUGAUGAUGGUGUCCAGUUCCACGCCUUUGGCAGGGUGCUCAGUGGCACCAUCCAUGCUGGGCAGCCCGUGAAGGUCCUCGGGGAGAACUACACCCUGGAAGAUGAGGAGGAUUCCCAGAUCUGCACUGUUGGACGCCUCUGGAUCUCAGUUGCAAGGUAUCACAUUGAGGUGAACAGAGUUCCUGCUGGCAACUGGGUGCUGAUUGAGGGCGUGGACCAGCCCAUAGUGAAGACAGCGACUGUGACAGAGCCUCGGGGCAAUGAGGAGGCUCAGAUCUUCCGUCCCUUGAAGUUCAACACCACAUCUGUUAUCAAAAUAGCUGUGGAGCCAGUGAACCCCUCAGAGCUCCCCAAAAUGUUGGAUGGUCUCCGCAAAGUCAACAAGAGCUACCCCUCACUUACAACCAAGGUGGAGGAGUCUGGGGAGCAUGUGAUCCUGGGAACAGGAGAGCUGUACCUGGACUGUGUGAUGCACGACCUGAGGAAGAUGUACUCUGAGAUCGACAUCAAGGUGGCUGAUCCAGUGGUGACAUUCUGUGAGACAGUGGUGGAAACAUCCUCCCUCAAGUGCUUUGCUGAGACACCCAACAAGAAGAAUAAGAUCACAAUGAUUGCUGAGCCCCUGGAGAAGGGACUGGCAGAGGACAUUGAGAAUGAAGUGGUGCAGAUAACUUGGAACAGAAAGAAGCUGGGUGAAUUCUUCCAGACCAAAUACGACUGGGAUUUGCUGGCUGCCCGUUCCAUCUGGGCCUUUGGGCCAGAUGCCACUGGCCCAAACAUCCUGGUAGAUGACACACUGCCCUCAGAGGUGGACAAGUCUCUGCUGGGUUCAGUGAAGGACAGCAUCGUGCAGGGCUUCCAGUGGGGGACCAGGGAAGGGCCCCUCUGUGAUGAAUUGAUCCGCAACGUGAAGUUCAAGAUCCUGGACGCGGUGAUUGCUCAGGAGCCCUUGCACAGGGGUGGAGGGCAGAUCAUCCCCACGGCCCGCAGGGUGGUGUACUCUGCCUUCCUCAUGGCCACCCCUCGUCUGAUGGAGCCCUACUACUUCGUGGAGGUCCAGGCCCCUGCUGACUGUGUGUCUGCUGUGUACACGGUGCUGGCCCGGCGCAGAGGCCACGUGACCCAGGAUGCUCCAAUCCCAGGCUCUCCCCUCUACACCAUCAAAGCCUUCAUCCCAGCUAUUGAUUCCUUUGGCUUUGAGACAGACUUGAGGACCCACACGCAGGGACAAGCCUUCUCUCUCUCCGUCUUCCACCACUGGCAGAUCGUGCCUGGGGACCCCUUGGACAAGAGCAUCGUCAUCCGGCCGCUGGAGCCGCAGCCAGCCCCACACCUGGCCAGGGAGUUCAUGAUCAAGACCAGGCGUAGGAAGGGCCUGAGUGAGGACGUGAGCAUCAGCAAGUUCUUCGACGACCCCAUGUUGCUGGAACUGGCCAAGCAGGACGUCGUUCUCAACUACCCCAUGUAACCCUGCUGCCCUGGCAUGGGGGCUGACCCGAGCCCUGGCUGGCACCUGCUGGUCCCUCCCCAUCCCUGCUUGCCCAGCCUGGCUCCUGGAGGCUCAGGGCAGGCAGGGAGCUGCUCCUCAGGUCACUUCCAUGGCUGUAGGAUUCUCCAUGGACCAAUUGUGGGCAUUUCCAUACGGGGAGCAGCCCAGAGCCAGAGCCCUGAUCCAUUUUGUAUUGUUGGUCUCCAGCUGCUGUUGCCUCCAGGGAGGUUUUCCUUUCGGAUGGGCUCCUCCAGCUCACAGAGCUGAGCAGUGUCAGUGUGGAUUCCUGGGGCCUGGGCCUCAACUGUGUCAAGCAUUUCAGCCAGCUGAGGAAGGGGGGGGUUGCUGGGGGGCAGUGCUUUACCAGCCUCCCCAGGAGGAGAAAUGUGGCUUUGACCUUUCUGUACCCCUUUUUUGAACCCUUUUAAACGUUUAGUACAAACUUC